UGACAGAUUGCUAUUGAAUUGAUCAUACAACAAACAAACUCCAAAAUCAAAGUUUAUUUUUACAUUUAUUGAAAGAAGCAGCAAGUCGAGCACACAAACGGCAUCAACAAUGGCAUUGAUAGACCAUGGUGCGAUUGAAUUAAUGGAGAGCCAUGAUAUGGUGGAAACCGCUGCGAUAGAGAUGUUCAAACUACCGAAAACGAAAAAGAAACAAAUGAAACAAACAACGGCAGAUCCAUAUGAUUGGAUAAAAAUGAUGGAGAUAGAUGAACGACGCAGAAAGGAACAGGCACAGCUAUUGGAAGAAUUGAAAGAAGAGAGAAAAGAAAAUGAAAAGCAAUUGGAAAGUCUAAACAAAAAUUUGUGGCAAAAAGAAACAACAAAAAGGGGAAAAGAAUUGUACAUUGAUAUUUUUGAUGCAGCCCUCGGUGCUAAUCGUUCAAAUAGACCCGAUCGUGAAGUUGAAAUGUUAAGUAAGGAAUCAGAAGGCAAAGACAACGAAACAUCAAGAGAAAUGCGAAAGAAAGGAAACCAGAUUGUUUGUCCAUCGGUUGCACUGGAUAUGUACAAUAAGAGUCUACGAUACGCAGAAGUCGGUUCGCUACAUGCCACUUUGGCGUAUGCAAAUAGAGCGGCCUGUUAUUAUACGAUGCAAUACUAUGGUCAAGCGUUAGAGAACAUCAAAUUGGCAAAACGAGAUAAAAAAUUUCCCAAACAUUUAUUGCAAAAACUGAAUGGCAUGCAACAUUGGGCAGAAUCAUAUUAUAUAGAAAGAAAGGCGGCAGAAAAGUCUCAGCUGAGUUAUGUAGCCAACGAACAACAUCCCUGUAUGUCCGCUGUAUUGAGUAUCAAAACGAGCCCAAUCUUUGGUCGAUACUUACGUGCAAAAUAUAAACUUAAAAAAUUGGACGUCAUUUUGAUUGAAAGGGAUUACAUAGCAGCAAUGAAUACUGAAAAAGUCCGUUCAUGUGCGACUUGCUACGAAGAAGACAAAGAUUUCAUUCCAUGCGAUGGAUGUGCAGGUGCAAUGUUUUGUAACGAACACUGUAAGAAUGUUAACUCAGUACACAAAUGGGAAUGUAAUACAUUCGUAACAAAACUGGAAUUUCGUCUAAGGCUUUUCAUUCAAUCAAUUCUAAUGGCCAUUGAUGCAUUCACAGUCGAUGGUAUGGCGAAUGUGGGCGGGCUUAUGAAGUGUGUGGAAGAUAUGCUGGAUGAAAAACGCAAUAAAACCACAACAUUUCCAAGCUCGACGCUUGACCCGAAAUCGAGGUACCAAUUCUUUUUUAAAUUGACAUCGUCUAUGAAGCUAUUCGAAUAUACUGAAUCGUACAUGAAAUUAAAAUCCAUACAGAUAGUUUACACAAUUUAUUCAUUGCUCAUGAAAAUACCAAAAAUCGAGGCAAUAUUUGCAGGUGAAAAGAAGCGCCGUUUUCUGCAGCAUUUGAUCGCCCAUCAUAUUUUUGUAAUCAACAACAACUCGUUCGGCGAUGACGAUUCACAGUCAUUGGGACUGCUUCAAUCGUUAUUUAAUCAUUCAUGUAAACCGAAUAUUUUUCACCGCAAAAUUGCAAAAGAGCAUUAUUUUUUCGCAGGUAAAAAAGUGAAAAGAAAAGAACAACUUUUCAUCAGUUACAUUGAAGUUAAAGACAUUGAAUGCCGAUACCGUCGCCGAGAAGUGAUUGAAAGAAGCUGGGGCUUUAUUUGCAAUUGUAUUCUGUGUGAGCCAAAAAGGCUAUCGAUAAGCGACAAAUUGAAUGAUGCAAUCAAGACCAUUUUAUAUAAUCGUUUUGAUGUAACAGAAGAUGGAACAGAAGAUGCAAUAGAAGGUGCAACAGAAUAUACAUCAGAACGAACUAAUUUAAUGGAAUCUGUAUUAGGAAGCACACAAAAACAACCUGCAUCAAAGAUAACUAAUAUACCGAAGUUUUUGCCUGAUUUUAAACAAGGAUAUACACCAGAUUUUAUACCAUUCACACCAGAACAUAAAGCCACACCUAUAGAAGAUACAUCAGAUAACACAUCAUCAGAUUCAUCAGAAAAAAAGAAUGUUUCGAUAAAAUCUAGAUUGGGAGAUGCAGAUAUAGUUGGAAAUAUAAGAAAACCUGGUUAUGAACCUGAAUGUGUACUUGGAUAUAAACCUUCUACAAGUGCAGAUAACACAUCAUCAGAUUCAUCAGAACAAAGGGAAGUUUCGAUAAAAUCUAGAUUGGGAGAUGCAGAUGAUCAAAUAUUUAGGAGAAAACCUGGUUAUGAACCUGAAUGUGUACUUGGAUAUAAACCUUCUACAAGUGCAGAUAACACAUCAUCAGAUGCAUCAGAACAAAAGGAAGUUUCGAUAAAAUCUAGAUUGGGAGAUGCAGAUGAUCAAAUAUUUAGGAGAAAACCUGGUUAUGAACCCGAAUAUGUACUAGGAUAUAAACCUCCAUCAGGUGCUCCAUCUUUAGAAAGUACAUCAGAAGAUACAUCUACACCAGAAUUGGUUGAACGUGUAACAAUAGCUACAAUACAUAGAUCGGAUGACACAAGAGAAUAUCCAUCUGCUCCAUCCUUGGAAAGUACAUCAGAAGAUACAACUACACCAGAAGUGGUUGAACGUGUAACAAUUGCUACAAUACAUAGAUCAGAUGACACAAGAGAAUAUCAAUCUGCUCGAUCUUUAGAAAGUACAUCAGAAGACACAUCUACACCAGAAGUGGUUGAACGUGUAACAAUUGCUACAAUCCAUAGAUCAGAUGACACAAGAGAAUAUUCAUCAGCGGAAAAUUCAUUAGAUGAAAAACCAGCCGAUAGUGCACCAGCUGUUGAGAGUGAAAAAUCAGUCGAUAGCGCAUCGGCUGUCGAGGGUGAAAUAGCAGUCGAUAGCACAUCGGCUGUCGAGGGUGAAAAUACAUCAUUAAGUUCAGCAGAAGGUUUACAAAUAGUAUCACCAUUACCAGGAACACCACCAAAUUCAUUAAAUUUUGAUACCGGAACACCUACCACAGAAGAUAUGUCAGAUAUGUCAGAUUUAUCAGACGAUUAUAAACAGAUACAUGUAUAAAAUGGAUUCGAGAUUACCUAAAACAAAAACACAUUGAAGAUGAUUUAAAUCUGGAUAAAAAGAGUU